AUGCUACAAGUUAUUAGCAAAAGGGGCAAGCGUCAAUUCCCUGUGAUUUUUAAGAAAGCUUGUAAGUGCUUGGAGGUGAUCUGUGGCAUUGAUGUGAAGGAAGUGGUCCCUGCCACCCACUCCUAUGUCCUUGUCAACUCACUGGAUCUCACCUAUGAUGAGAUGCUUGGUGACCAUGAGAGCAUGCCUAAAAACGGCCUCCUGAUAAUCAUCCUGGGUAUGAUCUUCCUGGAGGGUAACUGUGCCCAGGAGGAAGCCAUUUGGGAGUUCCUGAAUAUGAUGGGAGUUUAUGCAGGGAGGGAGCAUUUUAUUUAUGGGGAGCCUAGGAAGCUCCUCACCAGAACCUGGGUUCAGGAGAAUUACCUGGAGUACCAGCAGGUGCUUCAUAAUGACCCACCACGCUACCAAUUCAGGUGGGGUCCAAGGGCCCAUGCUGAAACCAGCAAGUUGCAAGUUCUGGAAUUUUUGUCCAAGAUCAAGGGGAUUGACCACAUCUCCUUCUCAUGCUGGUAUGAGGAGGCUUUGAGAGAUGAGCAAGAGAGAGCCCAGGCCAGAAUUGGCCCUGUGGGUCAUGCUGCUGCCAAGUUCAUGGCACAGCCUCUCCUUCCCCAGCUGAAGAAUGA